AUGCUUCUUCUCCUCUUCGCACUUCUCUCCGUCGCUGUCGGCGACUACUGCCGACAGUCUCUACAGACGGCCGAGUGUCCGGCGGCGGCGGCUAAACUUGUGUCGGCGGCGGCGGCUAAACUUGUGUCGGCGCCGACGUCGGAGUCCACAGUGACGAAAGUCGGCAUCGGCGGGAUGUUCUCGAUUUCUCAAUGGGAUAACGACGGCCGGGGGCGCUGCUCAGCGUGUCAUGCCGGUGCGCGUCGCCUUCAGUUGUUUGCCGUCGAGCAGACGGAAGCCAUGAUUGAGAGCAUCGAGCGCAUCAACGAGUCCGGAAUGUUGGGAAACGCGACACGUUUGGUGUACGAGGUCUGGGACACGUGCGGAGACGAUCGAGACUCGCAUUGUAUUUACGCACAGGCGACGGAAACGUUCUCGUCCGAACUCCUGGCUACAGUGGUGGGCCCCUACUAUUCGGACACAAGUUAUUCGAUGAACAACGACGCUUUGAAAGCACUGUAUAAUAAUCUGGGAUUGUCACAAAGGAUUACAAAUAUUCGAAUUCGAGACAGAGGAGUGUGGAGUCUGCUCGACUAUCCCUACAUGUACAGCCAGGGUAUCAAUAUUGGUGACCUCAGAGACCAGCUCGUCAUGUUGCAGCAGACUUGUGAGCUUCAAGCUCAAGCUGCUGUCGAUUUUCUCGAGAGAGAAGGAUGGUAUGACGUCACAGUCAUUGUUAGUAAUGAUUACUGCGGUGGUAGAUCGAUGGUGAAGUUUGAUCAAGCGGUCAAACAAUCAAGAUCUUACUGUCGAUUCGAUGUCAACUAUGUACAAGAGAGUGGGAACAUUGACUGGCCAGACUAUGACACAGAGCGUAAGGCAAUUGCAGAUUCAGAAAUUCAUACUUUUGUUCAUGAUAUUGAAAUCAAUGAUGCCUUGAAUCGACCAAAGAGACGCAGUAAUUUAGUCGUAUUGUCUUCGUUCCCGUUUGCCUUAUCAUUGUUCAAACAGAUGCUGACUGUUAGUGAUACGAUUACAUCAGUCGGUGGGAUCUUUCUUGGCGAGUUGUGGGGUGAUCCUCGAAAUGUCGACGAGUUGUACAGUCACAUCACACGCCUUGUGCACGAAAAAAACGACACCGUGUUUGCACUUCGAUUGGAAUCCAACGGCACAGAAAAAUUUCAAGACUACAUGUCGUCGAUCACGUCGAAUUCGUCUAAAUUACAUCGAAAUCGUUGGCUGGGAGAGUACUGGGAGGGUGUCUUCAAAUGCAGUCUUACAAACAAGACUUGCAAUACAACAGACAGACUACCUGCCCACAAUUGGCCCAUACUGAGAAACUACAAGGCAACACUGGUAGCAAACGCCGUGUACGCCACGGCCCAGUAUUACAAAGAUUUUUCUACAAAGUUUCCCAAUGAAGCAGUCAACGAAUUCUUUGAGGAUCAAAUCUACAAACUCAACAGUCUCAAACCGUUAUUCUUGCCCAGCAAGUGGAUAGGCAACACAAUGACUAUAGGACAAGUACAUCAGCCCGACCUUGACGUCAUUCACUUUGACGUCAUUCAGCCACUCACGUCCACAUAUGAAAUCAUUCGAUUACAAAGUGUAGAUGAGACCGAAAUGGGAUAUGAAUUGAAAGCUUGA